GACUUGGUCUCAGAGUCAAGUUCAUACAUGGGCAAAUGAGGAGAGUGGAUUCUUUUUCAGUUCCAAAGGAAGACAUUUUACAUACAGCGGGAGGCCACGAUGAGGUUCGAGAACGUUCUAGCCGAUAUUAAUGGAUUUGGAAGAUUUCAGAUAAUGAUAAUUGUAAUCAGCUUCAUUGGCCGCUUCACAAUGCCCUGCCACUUCAUGCUAAACAACUUCAUAGCAGCUGUUCCCUCUCACCACUGCGACAUCAGCUCUCUGGAUGAUGGAGGUGUUUUUAGGAAUUUAUCCCUGACAGAGAGACUUACUGUCAGUAUUCCAGUCCAGGAGGAUGGGACUCCAAACUCCUGUGAAAUGUUUGCUGAGCCUCAGUAUCAUCUGCUGCUCAACUCUUCCAACACUGCUGAAAUACCGACAGUGCCGUGCCGGACUGGAUGGGUGUACGACAACACCACCUUCAAGUCUACUCUGACCUCGCAGUGGGACCUGGUGUGUGACAAAAGAGGGAAAAACAAAGCAACCGCUACCAUCUUCUUUGUUGGAGUUAUGUUUGGGGCCAUGACCUUCGGAAGUCUGAGUGAUAGGUUUGGCCGAAGGAUCAUGCUGCUGGUGUCGUAUGUGUCUGGAAUGCUUUUUGCUGUCGCAAGUGCUUUUUCUACAUCUUACUUAAUGUUUGUAGUGCUGAGGUUCUUCACUGGGUUUUUCAUCACUGGCAUCGUCAUUGUCUCAACAGUCCUCAGUGUGGAGUGGGUGGACAUUGAGCACAGGAAACUGGUGGGAGUGAUCGACAGCUUAUCCUGGACGUUUGGGAACACAGGAUUUGCAGCUAUUGCUUACUUUGUGACUGACUGGCGGUGGCUUAUUGUUAGCGUCACCUCACCUCUAAUCUUGGCCAUCAUCACGUGGAGGUGGAUGCCCGAAUCGGCAAGGUGGCUCAUUGCCAACGGAAGGCUGGAGCAAGCUCAGAUGUAUUUGAAGAAAUGUGCCAAGAUGAACCAAACAGAAGAGCUAAUUGACACACUUAAAACAGAGACACUAUCUACUAUUGUUGUGACUGAGAAAAAAGAUCGGGUCUAUUCCUACCUCGACCUGAUACGAACACCCAAAAUGAGGAAACUGGCACUACGUACUGGUAUAGUGUGGUUUUGUGUGGCAACUACGUUUUACGGCAUCAGCUUCAACAUCACAGGCUUUGGGCUCAAUAUCUAUCUCACUCAGUUUACCUAUGCUCUGAUUGAGCUCCCAGCCAAAGUAGCAGUUUACUACUUACUGGAUAAGAUAGGCAGGCGAUCCACUGAGGUGGGAUCUCUGCUGUUGGCUGCCGUCUGUCUUGGGAUCAACAUUGUAGUACCUAAAGAUAUGUCCGUUGUCAGAACAGUGGUAGCGGUCAUUGGAAAAGGGUUUUCUUCAGCGUCCUUUGCAACCGUUGUGCUCUACAGUUCUGAGCUAUAUCCCACUGUAGUAAGGCAGAAUGGUAUGGGCUACAACUCCUUCAUGGCUCGACUUGGCGUAGCCGUGGCUCCUUUGAUCCUCCUACUGGACGAGGUGUGGAAGGAUCUGCCUCAGGUCGUCCUGUGCUCUGCGGCUGUACUGGGGGGAAUAGCGGCAAGAAUGCUGUCAGAGACACGCAACAGGUGUCUGCCAGAGACCAUAGAGGACAUUGAAAAGGAUUGGUGAACACUGCACUGCCAUCAGUGCAGGUCCAGUUAUGAUGUCUUUUUAGUAGUUUGAUUUUUAUAUUCUUAUUUGUAGAAUUACCUUCAGGUUUUAUCUAAAUAUUGGUUUGUUGGAAGGAUAUUUAGGGAGGUGUGAGGAAAACUUCGUCUGGAGAUUGAACAUUGUGCUCUUUAAGUAACAUUAGUAACACAAGUUGAUACUAUUGACAGUAAAUAAUGACUUAAGGUGGUAUAGGGCAGUGGUUCCCAACCUUUUUUGGCUCAUGACCCUCUUAUAACUAUGUUAUGCCAACUGUGAGUUGUUUGUCCAAAAAGUGAUGUUCCUUUCUUUUCCUUUCAAGUUUUUCCCCCCAGAAAGUGUACAAUAUUUGAGAAAAGCAAGAAAAGGUUAACACAC